GUGGAAAUUAUACUAUAAUAAUAUAAUCCGAAGAUGCCACUCUUCGGUAAAAAAGAUUCGAACAAGAAGAUUAAAAAAGAUGGAAAAGAUGAUAAAUCGCCGUCUGUUGAGGACAAAUACAUCCUAAAGGAAUUACUUGGAACAGGUGCUUUUUCUGAAGUACGUUUGGCAGAAAGUAAGGAAAAACCUGGACAAAUGUUUGCUGUAAAGAUUAUUGAUAAAAAAGCAUUAAAAGGAAAAGAAGAUUCUUUAGAAAAUGAAAUUAGAGUUUUACGAAGGUUAACGCAUCCUAAUAUUGUUCAGUUAUUGGAAACAUUUGAAGAUAAACAUAAAGUUUAUUUAGUUAUGGAAUUAGUUACUGGUGGAGAAUUAUUUGAUAGAAUUGUUGAAAAAGGUUCCUAUACAGAGAAAGAUGCCUCAGGUUUAAUAAGACAAGUUUUAGAAGCUGUUGAUUAUAUGCAUGAUCAAGGUGUAGUACAUAGGGAUCUUAAACCCGAGAAUCUUUUAUAUUAUAAUCCAGAUGAAGAUAGUAAGAUUAUGAUUAGUGAUUUUGGUCUAUCAAAAAUGGAAGAUUCUGGUAUUAUGGCAACUGCUUGUGGUACACCAGGAUAUGUUGCUCCAGAAGUCUUAGCACAAAAACCAUAUGGAAAAGCUGUGGAUGUAUGGAGUAUAGGAGUCAUUUCUUAUAUUUUAUUAUGCGGCUAUCCGCCAUUUUAUGAUGAAAACGAUGCGAACCUGUUUGCACAAAUUUUAAAAGGUGAAUUUGAAUUUGAUUCACCGUACUGGGACGAUAUCAGUGACUCUGCAAAGGAUUUUAUUCACAAAUUGAUGUGCGUCAAUGUUGAAGAACGUUAUACUUGCAAACAAGCCCUUGCACAUCCUUGGAUAUCCGGCAAUGCAGCUAGCAAUAAAAAUAUCCAUGGUACUGUAUCGGAACAACUUAAAAAAAAUUUCGCCAAAUCAAGGUGGAAGCAAGCCUAUCACGCAGCCACGGUUAUACGUCAAAUGCAACGGUUGGCGCUCAACAGCGGUCAACAGCAACAGGGCCCAGGAUCAACAGGCCCCUCCAGCGGCAAUCUCAUGCCAUACCCCGAUCAAUCGCAAUCCAACCCCAGUCAUCAAUCCAGAUCAGUGGAGUCUCCAACCAAUCACAAUUGAAGGAAAUACGCGAGUCACCAUUGUCAAUGUCAAGCUUGGUGGCCUCGAAUCCUAUUCCCAUUCCAAUCACUCCAAGUUCACCAUUAUACUUACGCAACAAACGCUUCAAGCUGUGGGGUAGCACACGCACUGCUCUGUCUACUCUAUUUCAAACGAAUAUAUCGUAUCUUAGAAAACAAAGAAAGUAUAAGAAAAGUUGAGUCAUAUUAAGUUUCUUCUAAUGAGAAACUGUUGGACGACUGGUUAUUUUCUUGCCGAAUAUUCUAAUUCUGGUAAGAAUUUGUAUAGAUUUCAGCUAACUUGCUUUAUUGUGGUCUCCUGUGAUAUGGUUGCCACCGAUUAUAUAUAUAUAUUACAAAAGUACACAUCAUAAUUCCUUUUCCCCUCUCCUCUUCCUCUUCCUCCCCUACCCUUCUCCUCCUCUCCUCCACUUCCCUCUAUCAUACAGCCCGCGCGAUAUAAGGCGAUUUUUUAAAUUUUCUCGUUUUAUCGCGCUUCUUAGUUUUACAAGCUUUAUUUCGAAAUUCUAAAUAGACUUAUCUAUGUUGAUAUGUAUUUACAGUAAAAUUAAAUCCUAUAGUUAAUAGAGAUUUUAAACAAUAAUAAAACAUUGAUCAAGCAAAAA